ACUUAUACUAUCCUUUAUUACGUGUCACACCUUUGUUGAUUUCGUCUGAGACCAUCAUCCGGAGAGACUGACAUCAGCUAUCUCCUGAUGACGAUGUCAGGCGAGUUCAGAAUUGUCCCCUCCCAGGCGGACUAUUUCAUUUCGUCCUCUUCUUUGUCAACUUCCUACUUCAUGCAACCAUGUUAAACGCGAAACCUACAACCUCAUCGUUGAUUGUGCUACGUGGCUCAUCAUUCAGCAGCGUAUCCUCAGAUAAAAGUUCGAGCUCAUCGGACUUUUACAAAUAUUCCUCCCCGUCCUCUUCAGGACAGACUACUCCUGAAGAUGAUGAGAAUAAGAUGUUCCAACUUGACGUGCGGCAUACUUCUUCCGCCUCUGAGAGCGAUGCGAAGCUCCGUCCCGUUUUGAGAGGCAGUCUUGCUAUGAAGAAGGCUGCAACUGCACUGCAUUCCCGGCAGCGCACGUUGUCUGCUGCUGUGAAGACGGUGAGUAGGGCAUUUACAGUCUUCAAGAAAAGGAGGUCGGACGAAGAAGAGCCGGUUUACAUUGCCAGUCCAUUGCGAGAAAGGUUUGGUAGGAGGAUUUCGGUCAAAACCAAACCAGAAGAGUUCUACAGUCUUCCCAACCGAUACUUCUCUGUCCAUGAUUUGCCUAUGCAAAAGGCCAAUACUAUUGGACAUAAGGCGGAAAGAAGGGUUGCAUCCAUCUCGGGGCCGCCGUCGUCACGCAUCAAUAAGCCAUCCCGUAGACCACGCAACCUUGAUUUCAGUCUUCCUGGGUUCGUUGAGGAACUACAGGCUGCUAUGCCCUCGUCCCCACCUGCAGCCGCACAAGUCCCUCUCGCUGACUCUUCUCAUGAAGAGCGUGAAUCGUCCCAGCGCAUCGUGGUUCUCACCAGUAUUCUCCGCGGUGUGCUGUUUGUUCCCUGGUGCGCAACAGUAGGCGGUGCGGUGCUUCUAUUCCCUCAGAAACUCGAGCUCGUGGUAUUCCGCCCAGGCUAUCUCGAGUCCUUACAAGGUAUUCGCCGCUUCGCGCACUGGGCCGACUGCGUAUUCCACCAUGCCAUGAUCUUCCUGGCGCUCGUCGUUGCACUCAUUUGGUACAAGGCCGCUGUGGGUGUUCCGGUGGCUUGUGGGCUCGUGUCCAGGUUCUUGUAUGUUUGGACCGGCUUCCAAGUGGACUCGAACAUCCCGUUGGGUUGGGAUGAUCGACAGAGCUUGUACUUGUUGGCGACGGGCACGGCGUUUGAGAAACAGACGGUUCUUAUUAAAGGCUGUGAAGGAGAGCUGAGGAUUGCGCAGUUGAGAGACGACUGAUUGUCAGGAGUGCUUAUACAGGGAAGGUCAGAAGUGCCUACAACCAUAGAGGAUGAGAUUAUAGUCACGGAUCAUGAUGCAAACGAAGAUGGGACUUGGGAUAUUGAUUCUAUGUUGCUGUCAAGUGGUCUCACAUCCAUGUAAUUAGUACCUCUAGCACUAUGAAAACGACAUACAAUUCUGUCACCUGCCACACUGGUAGAACAUAGUUCUGCCCACAACAUUGAGCGCUACUUGCUGGCUAAGCA